AUGAAUAUAGCACCGAGACCUCUUCCACCUUCAAAAUCUCAAGUUCGUCGAGAUAAACAACCUCCAGAAGUGCCUCAAAAUGUGUAUGACAGUGACCGAAAUAUAUACUAUGAGAAGGGUAAAUUCCUUGGAAAAGGAGGUUUUGCUCAUUGUUACGAGUUUAUAAAUCGUGAAACGCGUCAGAUGGUCGCUGGAAAAGUUGUGCCAAAAAGUCUGCUAGUCAAACAAUAUCAACGGGAUAAAAUGGCGCAAGAAGUGCAAAUUCAUCGAAAUUUAUCACAUCCAAACGUCGUCAAACUCUUCCAUUUCUUCGAAGAUCGUCUAAAUGUUUAUAUAACACUGGAAUUGUGUCCAAGACGAUCUUUAAUGGAAUUGCACAAACGACGAAGAGCUGUCACUGAACCAGAAGCCAGAUAUUUCACUUAUCAUAUUGUUCAAGGUGUACAAUAUUUACACGCUAUCAAUAUUAUUCAUCGAGAUUUGAAAUUAGGCAACUUGUUUCUGAAUGAUAAUAUGGAAGUGAAGAUUGGCGAUUUCGGAUUGGCAACAACGAUGAAAGGAGAUGAACGAAAAACAACAUUGUGUGGAACACCAAAUUACAUUGCUCGUAGGUCAUUUUUUUUAUUUUCAUUUUCUAAUUAAAUCAAAUUAAUGAACAAUAUUUGCAGCUGAGGUCUUGAAAAAGUUGGGUCACUCAUUCGAAGUUGAUAUUUGGGCAGUUGGAUGUAUCCUCUAUAUUCUUCUCUUUGGAACUCCACCCUUCGAAUCCAGCACUCUCGAAGAAACCUACUCUCGCAUAAAACACAACAAUUACACAAUUCCAGUCGAGGCGAAUUCAUCAGCCGCCACACUUAUUCGAUGUUUAUUACAUCAAUCGCCAGAACGACGACCACACGCCGCGCAAAUUUUGCGCGAUCGAUUUUUCACAAAUGGAUAUAUGCCCGAAAGAUUGCCGGUUUCGUGUUUGAGUAUGGUGCCGAAGUUUGGGCGUGGUGAGAUGGAGGAGAAUUUGUCGCCGGCGAGGGGAGCUGCCGAUUUUCGAGCUGCUGGGUCUACGAGAUGGAAUUUGGGGCAAGGAGGUAGAAAUGGAUUGGCGCCGGUUCCGGCUUAUCGAAUUUCGGGAAAUAAUGAUAGAGAUCGCCAACAACUUCAAGGUAAUUAACCGAUUUGACAAAUAUCUGUCUCCAAACAUUUUAAUGAAAAAUUAGAGGAUUUUUUGGUAAACUUCAGCAAGUUUUAUUGAAUUUCGGCAAAAUUUUCUAACUUGUUAGUAAAUUUUAGCAAAAUUUAGUGAAUUUCACCAAUUUACAUGAUUCUAAAAUAAAAAGAGCAAAAUUUGGUAAACUUCAGCAAGUUUUAUUGAUUUUUGGCAAAACUUAGUAAAUUUUAGCAAAAUUCAGUAAAAUCUAGUGAAUUUCACCAAAUUUCAAUUAAGUCCAGCUAAAUUUACAUGAUUCUAAAAUAAAACUAGCAAAAUUUUGUAAACUUCAGCAAGUUAUAUUGAAUUUUGGCAAAACUUAGUAAAUUUUAGCAAAAUUCAGUAAAAUCUAGUGAAUUUCACCAAAUUUCAAUUAAGUUCAGCUAAAUUUACAUGAUUCUAAAAUAAAAAAGGCAAAAUUUGGUAAACUUCAGCAAGUUUUAUUGAAUUUUGGCAAAAUUUAGUGAAUUUUAGCGUUCACCCAAAUUUACAUGAUUCUGAUUUUUUUAAUGGGGCUAUUCAGCGAAAAAAAAAAAUGUUUUCUCAACGGGAGAAAAGCGAAGAAACCCUAUUCAAGUCGGUUGAGAAAACAUAAAAAUCAAACACUUGAAACACACGAAUUGCGACGAGACCCAACGAAAAACAACAUGUUCCUUUGACCUUUUGCAUUACUGUAAAUUGGUCCCGUUGCGAUUUUCUACAGUAGGUUAAAGGAACACGAUGUUUUUCGUUGGGUCUCGUCGCAAUUUGUGUGUUUCAAGUGUUUGAUUUUUAUGUUUUCUCAACCGACUUGAAUAGGUUUUCUUCGCUUUUCUCCCGUUGAGAAAACAUAUUUUUUUUCGCUGAAUAGCCCCAUAAAUUCCAUUUUCAAAUGUUGCCUGAUUUUAAUAUUAGAAAUGUGAGCAAUAAGCAGACAAUUGAGUUUUUCUGGCAAGAAUAUUUUUCAGGGUGAACUAGAAAAUUGUAUACGUGUUCCUAAUUAAAAAAAAAAAAAUAAAAAUCACAUUUUUCAGUCCGUCAAGCAACAUCUCGUGAGCCAGACGACGCGUAUCUCUCUUCGUUGUUCCAACAAUUCAAAAAUCUUCUCUCGCAAAAUAUUCCCGAUCUUCAAAUCGCUGAAGCAAUUCUCGACGAAUAUCAAUCACCCGAAUGUCUUCCAAUCUUCUGGAUCUCAAAAUGGGUCGAUUAUUCGGACAAAUACGGCAUUGGCUAUCAAUUAUGCGAUAAUUCGUGUGGUGUUUUGUUCAAUGACAAUUCUCGAAUUAUGUUGGAUGAGGCUGGAUUUGAGCUAACUUAUAUCGAGAAAGCCAACAAGGAACACUAUUUUUCGACAAAGAAGGGCGAUUAUCCGGCAGCGUUGUCGAAGAAAAUUACACUUUUGAAUUAUUUUCGAUCGUAUAUGAAUGACCAUUUGUUGAAAGCUGGUGAAGGAGUUGUUGCGCAGAGGGUGGGUUAAAAUUUUCGAAUUUUCUGACAAAAACUCUUGAUUUCAGGCUGGCGAUGAUUUGGCGCGUCUUCCAACUCUUCGAGUCUGGUUCCGCACAAAAUCCGCAAUUGUUUUCCAUCUGUCAAAUGGAACUGUACAAAUUAACUUCUUUGAAGUGAGUUUUUUUCUGAAAUUUCGUUAAACUUCAAUGAAUGCUCACAUUUUCCUCCAAAAAAUCUGUAAUUUUUCCAGGAUCAUAUAAAAAUGAUAUUGUGUCCAUUGAUGCACGCUGUAACAUUCAUCGAUCAGCACAAACGAUUUUCGACCUACAAAUUUUCGCAUUUGCCCAAAAAUGGAUGUCCAGAGGUAAGAAUUGAUAAAUUUUCAGCUGAAAAUUGCAAAAAAAUCAGAUUUUCAACCCUAAAUUCAAAUUUUGCAGCAAUAUAUGAAACGACUCAAAUAUGCUCAAUCAAUGGUCGAAAGAUUGCAAACCGAACCAGCAAAUGCGAAAGAUCUACCAAUGUCAUCAUCUCGUUUACCAGCUUCAUCAAGUAAUCUCAAUUUUCAGUCAACAGCUCAACCACAAUUUUAA